AAAGCCAAAAAAGCUGUUUCUUUCAAAUUCAUCUUCUUUUCUUCUCCAUACGUUCUUUGCGCCAGGAACCAAACCAAACGCGGCCUUGUGAGGCUGAGACUCUUCCGCGAACACAUUGUCAUUUCUCUUCUUUUUCUUCUUCUCUCAGUCUUUCUGAGUUCUGAAUCGCUCAAUGCUCAACGAUUCUUCUGACAUUAUCUCUCUUUUGCAAGAUCUUCAUCUCACUCAGUCUUCUCUCAAAGUUCUCCCAGUAAUUUAAAAAAGAAAAAAGAAAAAGAAAGGCAAGAUUGAAGGUGGAAGACCUUUUCAACCUUGAGGGAAGUUGAUUAAGCUUGGGUCCAUUGAAUUAGCCGGGUGGGGGCGUGGAUGUGUUAGGUUCAUGAUUUUGAAUUUUACAGCUUGGAAUGCGGUUGAACGUGUCGAUUCGAUGAGGACUUUAAAGCCUGGAGCAAUGGAUCGGGGGAGUGGAGAGUAGAGUGUCUAUGUGGAGCUAGGGUCCCCUCCAUUAUGUUAUCCUGAUUAAGUCAUUCAUUGGGGGCCUUGUUUAAAGUUUGAAAGGCCCAUUUAAGUCUAUAAGGGAAGAUGUCUCAGACAUCCAGUGUCCUGCCUGCCUUCCACUCCAUCAAGCCAUUGCCCUCUGAGUUCAAGUUUGCCAACAAUCCAAACCCUCUGCUUGUGGAAAAACAUGGAGAUGUUAAAUUUAGACGCACCAAUCCGAUUGGACCAAAUGGUUUUGAGAAUGGUGCAGUAGUAGGGGAGGUUUCUAAGGAAGUUCGAGGCCGAGCUGGUGGCAUGGAUCUUUUUGAUGAGGAUUCACCGUAUGGUGGAAAAGGUAGAUCAUUAAAAGACCGACCAUCUAAUGCAGAUGAAGACUCAGCAUCCGUUACUUUGCCCCUGCCAUCAACUUUGACAUCCUCUAGGGAAAACAGGUGGAAUGAUACAAAUUCUUAUGGUUCAAAAAAGAAGCUUCAGUCAUGGCUUCAACUACCAAAUGGGGAUUGGGAGCUGGUAAAGAUAAUAACAACUUCCGGAGCUGAAUCUGUCAUUUCACUGCCUGAUGGGAAAGUUUUAAAGGUGAAAGAGGAUAAUUUGGUGCCAGCUAAUCCCGACAUUCUUGAUGGAGUGGAUGACCUCAUGCAACUUAGUUAUUUAAAUGAACCAGCAGUUUUAUUCAACCUGCAAUAUAGAUACAACCAAGAUAUGAUAUAUACGAAAGCUGGGCCUGUUUUGGUUGCUGUAAAUCCCUUUAAGAAAGUUCCUUUGUAUGGUAAUGACUAUAUUGAAGCCUACAAGUGUAAGGCCAUUGAAAGCCCUCAUGUUUAUGCAAUUACUGACACAGCCAUCCGAGAAAUGAUACGAGAUGAAGUGAAUCAAUCCAUAAUUAUAAGUGGUGAGAGUGGAGCAGGAAAGACUGAGACAGCAAAAAUAGCAAUGCAAUACUUGGCUGCCCUUGGUGGCGGCAGUGGAAUAGAGAACGAGAUAUUAAAGACUAAUCCAAUACUAGAAGCCUUUGGUAAUGGAAAAACAUUAAGAAAUGACAACUCGAGUCGCUUUGGAAAGCUCAUUGAGAUUCAUUUUAGUGAAACUGGAAAAAUAUCUGGUGCAAAUAUUCAAACAUUUUUGCUGGAAAAGUCCAGAGUAGUCCAAUGCAAUGAAGGGGAAAGGUCAUAUCAUAUAUUUUAUCAGCUAUGUGCUGGAGCACCCUCAUCUCUUAGGGAAAAGCUAAAUCUACUAAGUGCGGAAGAAUAUAAAUAUCUGAGGCAGAGCAAUUGUUAUUCAAUUAGCGGCAUAGAUGAUGCUGAAGAAUUUCGCAUAGUCAAGGAAGCUCUGGAUAUUGUCCACAUUAGCAAGGGAGACCAGGAGAAUGUAUUUGCAAUGCUUGCUGCAGUAUUAUGGUUAGGAAACAUAUCAUUUACUGUGGUCGAUAAUGAAAAUCAUGUUGAAGCUGUUGAGGAUGAGGGUCUGUUCACCGUUGCCAAGUUGAUUGGAUGUGAAAUUGAAGACCUGAAAUUGACUUUUUCAACUCGCAAAAUGAAAGUUGGUAAUGAUAAUAUUGUCCAGAAGUUGACGCUCUCUCAGGCUAUUGAUGCGAGAGAUGCUUUGGCGAAGUCAAUAUAUGCAUGUUUGUUUGAUUGGUUGGUUGAGCAAAUAAAUAAAUCCCUUGCAGUUGGCAAAAGACGAACUGGCAGAUCAAUCAGCAUUCUUGAUAUUUAUGGCUUUGAGUCAUUCAAUAGGAAUAGUUUUGAGCAGUUUUGCAUAAAUUAUGCAAACGAAAGAUUACAGCAACAUUUCAAUCGUCAUUUGUUCAAGCUGGAACAGGAGGAAUAUAUCCAAGAUGGCAUUGAUUGGGCUAAAGUGGAAUUUGAAGACAACCAAGAUUGCCUUAAUCUGUUUGAAAAGAAACCAUUGGGACUACUAUCCCUGUUAGAUGAAGAGUCAACUUUCCCUAAUGGCACAGAUUUAACGUUUGCUAAUAAGCUUAAGCAGCAUUUGAAUUCCAAUUCUUGCUUCAAAGGAGAACGUGAAAAAGCCUUUACUGUGCGUCAUUAUGCAGGGGAGGUCACUUAUGAUACAUCUGGAUUCCUGGAAAAGAACAGGGACCUAUUGCACUUAGAUUCUAUCCAACUUCUAUCUUCAAGCAAAUGCCAUCUUCCUAAGUUAUUUGCAUCACAUAUGCUUACUCAGUCUGAGAAGCCUGUUGUAGGUCCCUUACAUAAGUCAGGGGGAGCAGAUUCCCAAAAGCUAAGUGUUGCCACAAAAUUCAAGGGACAAUUGUUCCAAUUGAUGCAACGUCUAGAGAGUACUACACCACAUUUUAUACGUUGCAUUAAGCCCAAUAACCUCCAAUCACCUGGAUCAUAUGAGCAAAGCCUUGUACUUCAGCAGUUGAGAUGUUGUGGAGUUCUGGAAGUGGUUCGAAUAUCAAGAUCGGGCUUUCCAACUAGAGUAUCUCACCAAAAGUUUGCCAGGAGAUAUGGUUUUCUUCUCCUUGAAAAUGUUGCCUCUCAGGAUCCGCUCAGUGUCUCAGUUGCUAUUCUUCAUCAGUUCAACAUUUUGCCUGAGAUGUUUCAAGUUGGCUACACAAAGCUAUUCUUCCGAACAGGGCAGAUUGGAGUGCUUGAGGAUACCAGAAAUCGUACUCUGCAUGGAAUUUUACGUGUGCAAAGUUGCUUCAGGGGUCACCGAGCUCGUUGUUACCGCAAGGAACUUUGGAGAGGAAUUACCAUUCUCCAAUCAUUUAUUAGAGGAGAGAAAAGCAGAAAGGAAUAUGCAAGUUUGCUUCACAGACAUAAGGCUGCUGUUAUUAUACAGAAGCGGUUGAAAACAGUAUUUGCAAGGAACAGAAUGAAAAGUAUUAACGAAGCUGCAGUUGUCAUACAAUCUUUUAUCCGUGGUUGGUUAGUCAGAAGAUGCUCUGGAAACAUAGUAUUAUCAAAAUCUGGAGUCACGAAGACUAAUGAGUCAAAUGAGGUUCUUGUGAAGUCGUCUUUCCUCGCUGAACUUCAGCGCCGGGUACUUAAGGCAGAAGCUGCCCUGAGAGAGAAGGAAGAGGAGAAUGACAUUCUUCACCAACGCCUUCAACAGUAUGAGAACAGAUGGUCCGAAUACGAGUUAAAGAUGAAGUCCAUGGAACAAGUAUGGCAGAAGCAAAUGAGAUCCCUGCAAUCUAGCCUCUCUAUUGCAAAGAAGAGCCUGGCUCUGGAUGAAUCCGAAAGAAAUUCAGAUGCUUCUGUUAACGCAAGUGACGAGAGAGAUUUCAGCUGGGAUGUAGGAACCAAUCACCGUCGUCAAGAAAGCAACGGGGCAAGAUCAAUGAGUGCUGGUUUGAGUGUUAUAAGUCGGUUGGCUGAAGAAUUUGAGCAGAGGAGUCAAGUAUUUGGUGAUGAUGCCAAGUUCUUGGUAGAGGUAAAAUCUGGUCAAGUUGAAGCAAGUUUGAACCCAGAUAGAGAACUUAGAAGGUUAAAACAGAUGUUUGAAGCUUGGAAAAAGGAUUAUGGUUCAAGACUUCGUGAAACAAAAGUCAUUUUACAUAAACUUGGAAGUGAAGAUGGAUCAAUUGAGAAAGUGAAGAAAAGUUGGUGGGGAAGAAGGAAUAGUACCAGAAUAAGUUGAUUUAUUUAUUUAUUUUUUCUUAUGGGGGUUUGGCUUUGGUCUAUGCACUGUUUUAAGGGCAUUGCAUUGCCAACUAUAUAUCCAAAAAUGAGGAAAAAUACAAUAGGAAAUAUAAGAUAGGAGUAGGACAAUGAAUUACUGGUUACUGUAAUUAGGUUAGCUGUUGCUAGCCGUUUUUAUUUAUGAAAAAUUUCUGCACGCACGACUUGUGGAA